CGAGAGCUGGAGCUGUUCUGGGAGGACUGCGGGCGCUGCGUCUGCGCCCUCUGCCCGGCCCUGGGCCCGCACCACGGACACCGUGCUUCCUCCUUGCCCCACGCCGUCCGGCACAAGCAGGAAUUUAUGGCAUUGUGUUUGAAGGAUUUAGAAGAGAGAAAAGAGCAAGAAGCUGGUAACAGGAGCGUAGAGCAGGCUGCUGAUGAUCUGAAGGCACAUGCCAUUAUGAGCAAAAGGCAGCUGUCAGACAAAGUGACUAAGCUCCAUUUACUGCUUUGGGAAGAGGAGAGUCUGGCAAAAAACUUCAUUGAUGAAAAGACUCAGCAAGCCCUGGAAGCACAUCAGCAGCAGCUGGAAUCCUGUCGAGAAAAGCUUGCAGCCCUGGAGACCUCACAACGAAUCAGACAAAUACAACAGCAAUGUGAUCCUAUUCAGUUGCUGGAGAAGUACACAGAAAUCGAGAAGGAAAUACAGGAGCCCAGAUACCUGUUAGAACAGCGGCAUGCAAUACCUCUCUCAUUUGAACACAUACUUAACCAUUAUAAGCAGUUUGUGACAAUUCUUCAGUCCAUUCUACAUAGACCACUGGAAGCCCGGCUUAAAGAAGGUACCUGGGAGAACGCUCAGCCUUAAUGCCACUGCAAUGAAGUGUUGAAAACCAUGUCUUCUGUUGAUUGGUUGCUUUUCUUAAAACAUGCAAGAUCACCAACCUGGGAAUAUGACAGCCUUCAUCCAAGGCUGAAAUUACCUGAUGAUCAUUUUGUAGUAAGCUGUAAUUGGAGGAGGAUGUUUUACCCUUGUGGACCCCAGAGAUUUGAUAAAUUAUGGCAAGUGCUAAGCAGAGAUGCAUUCCUCUCUGGGAGCCAUUACUGGGAAGUUGACCUGCUUCAUGCUGGAGCAGGAUGGUGGAUUGGCGCAGCCUACCCUUCUACUGGAGGAGACUCUGAAACCUGUCAACUGGGCUGGAAUAGAGCAUCACAAUGCCUUAAAAAGUUUGAUUUUGAAUACUGGGCAUUUCACAAGGGGGAGAGAAUCCCCAUCCUGAUAGAAGAAGAUCCUGAUCACAUUAGCAUUUUUCUGGAUUAUGAAGCAGGAAUCCUUUCAUUCUACAAUGUUACUGAUGGCGUGGUUCAUUUGCACACCUUCCACUGCAAGUUCACAGAACCAGUUUACCCAGCCUUAAGGCUCUGGGAAGGGUCCAUUGGAAUAUGCAAACUAACAUCAAGAACAAAGCAAAAUAAAGCCUAAUAUUUCAUGCUUUUUCUAUGAAACCAGUUUUAGCAAUGAUCUACAUUACUUAAUCUCUGUCAUAUGGAAGUUGUAACUGUCAUGCUUUUAGA